CUCGUCUCAGGCUUCUUCGAAGUUCUUUCAUGCGCGCGGACGAAGCGAAAAACCAAGAUGGCUGCCUCUGAGGUCGACGACAACGAGUUACCUGACGAAAUAAUUAGUUCUUUAGAAGAUUUUUACCGCUCUAUGAAUACAGUAGAAGAAACUUUAGACCCUCUUCUUGUUAUGUCAAGUGAGGAAAUACACGAAAAGGUUCGCCAAACAAUGUAAACUCUGUUUGAAAUGUUGCGAGGAGUGUAGACUACUAGAUUGUGUAGUUUUAAUACUAGUUUGUACUUGUAUAUUAUUUUUGAGAAUUGAAAGUUUAUAGUUUAAGCGUUCAUCCUUUCUUGUAGUUAGAUGUGUUGGAUCGGGCAAAGCUGGAUCUCAUGAUGGUUUAUGCGAUGAAUUCAAUGUUCUGGAGUGAGUGAAUACUACAAUUUUGCCUAAAAUCAUAAACUGAUCAUGUCUUUGUGCAUUUUAAUAGGCUUGGUUGAUCACAGUUAAUAUUAACUGUGGGUUGUAUAGUCUAUUAUAUAUAAAUUUAUCUAUUAUAUAUAAAUCUAUUAUAUAUAAAUUAUUAAUAUACAGUGUUUAGGCAGAGCUGCCAAGUCUCACGGUUUACCCGUGAGUCUCCAGGUUUUCACGCUGACCUCCAGGUCUCACCUGGGUUUUGAAAAUCUCACGGAAUUCCAUUAAAAUGGUCCUUUAUGCACGGAUAUGCUCUGAAAAAAUACAAUUUGCGAAAAUACCGUCUGUUCUUUCGAAAGAAAAUCCGUACGUAUUUGUAAAAUGACACGUACUCUUGUUAAAAAAAUUAGUAGCGUGGCUGUUUGAGUAAACUUAGAUUUUGUCAUCUUGAAGUAUAACGUAAUCUAAACGUGAAUUAUGUGUGUGUGGGCUUAUUUUUUGUUACACACGCAUAUAUGGCAUUUAAUGGCAAUCUGGUUCCCUGAGCAUGCCCGGUCAACAAUAGUAUAAAGUCAACAAUUUAUACAUAAUUUGAUUAAAAAUUUUCAGUAUUACAAUAUUGUCUGCGCUACUCUGUCUGGCUAUAUGGUCAGUAUGUAUUAAUUAAUAACAUAGAUAUCACUAUUAUCACAAAUAUCACUGUCAGGGGGGGGGGGUGUACAAACUACGAACUAAAGGCCCCAACAGCCUCCAGGUUUUUAAUCAUCUGAACUUGGCAGCUCUGGUUUAGGUUUGCUGGUUUUAGGGUACAGUAGGUCCAUACGGUUGUGUAUAUAUAUUGAGAAUGUGCCAUGAAAAUCCAGACCAGACUGCAUUCCAUGUACUCUAUGACAGAGAUCUUUGGUGUGAGAUCGCUCAUAAACAAGUGAUUAAGUGACUUUAUUUUCAGGCAUCAGUAAAAUGUGCGAGCGAUGCUCGCAGGCACCUUUUGAAUUUUGCAGGCACACUUUAAAAUACUGACAUUUCAACAAUAUUUAGGCCACAAUAUCUAAAUAAGAUGUAUUUGUGCAGGCACAUUUUGAAUUUUGCUUGUAGGCAUGAAAUAAUGUUAACGAGGCCUGUUUAUUUUGUGCCAACUGCCCAACUUCAUUGCCAUAUAUGUACAUGUAUAACUGUAAAUGAUUGAUUAAGUGCUGCUAACUGAAUAAGCGCUGAGCACUCUCAAAUAAAAAUUUUAAUAAGCACUGCUUUCAAAUUGGUGCUGUGCACCAAUAUCAAUAUGGAUGUUAAGCUUUAAUACCAGGUAAUUUUUGAGAUAAUAUCACGUCUGUCAGCCUGCAAGCAUAAAUAUUUCUCAUAAGAACUAGGAGAUGGCCAUCAGAAAGUUUGCUUUAUAUGAAGGAUUUGUGAGAUUCAGAGCUCUUCAACAUUAUAUAAUCAGGGCUUUGACUGGGGGGACAAAGCUGCCCAGCCCCCAUGGUGCCCCCCGCCCACUCAACCAUUUUUUCUUCCAAAAAUCUUUUUUCUUUAAAAUAUAACCAUUGGAAGAAAAAUGCGUAAACAUUGUAGAUAGUAUAUCCCACCCUAUAGUUUUAAGUUGUUGGAAGGCCAGACUAAACAUAUUAGUGACUGAGUCAUGGUAUUUACAUUUAUAAAUAUAUCAUACUACAGUACAUCCUUGUACCCAGGGUCCCUGCGACGGAGGUUGACUACAGUAUAAUGUAACGCUGUAUAUCUAAAAAUCUGUUUCAGAAAACACACAAAAUGUAGUCCUAGGGGUGAAAAAAUACAAACAUGUUCUGGGGGAGAAUACUCCCAGAUGCCCGUACUAUUAGAUACAACAACACUCCAAACUUUUUGUCACCAACAACCAUCUGUCAUCUCUCCACACCCUGACAAAUUCUUAAAAAGGCUCUGAUGGUAUUUUUCACUAUUUUUUCAUGUUGACAUCUUUUUGGUACAAACAUAUAUUCGACCCUUCCCUUACAUUAUAAUUCAAGAAGGUAUUGUGCUAAUUUCAAAUUCAUAAAUGUUGUAUUGCAGUUUACCUUAUUACUCAAGGAGUAAAUCCCAAAGAACAUGGCAUCAAACAUGAGCUGGUAAAGAAGUUUUUUGGUAUAUACUAAUUAUAGUGAUAUUUGGAAGCUAAAAGUAAAGCUUGCAGGGUGUUAGCCAGCAGUAAAAAAAAUUCCAUGUUUACCUGAAAUUGGGAAAUUUAUUUUGGCCUGAAGCCGGGCAUUUCUUUGUGGGUCUGGGGGCAUGCGGUUGCCCCCUCUCGAUUUUUAACAUUUUUGUGUCUUUGAAAUGGCAUUUCCCACAUUUUGUGAGUAAUUUUGAGCAAAUGUAGUUAUAAACAUGUUUUUAAUGGCGUAUUAAUAACAUUGAAUUUCUAUAACUAUUUUUUGGCUGACCCAAAUUGGGGGAAUUGCGACCUCGAGGUAAUUGGGAAAACCGCAUUUAGCGCGGAAUUUUUGACUGUAGCUAACACCCUGGCUUGGAAGGUUGAAACUGGUUAAAAAGUUUUCUGAUACUUUAAACAUUUUAAAAUGAAACAGUUUUUAUAACCAGUUUUAUUAACCUUCCAAGCUUUACUUUUAGCUUCCAAAUAUAUUUCCCACUGGUUGCAAUUUUAACAUUUUUCAAAUAAUUAUAGUGAGUUAUACAGUAAUUAUGCUAAAUAAUAUUUAUGUGUAUCAUGAUGUUUGUAUCACUUUAGGAUAGAGUAAAGGACUAUAUGAAGAAAAUUAAGGAUGCUGGUGACAAAAGGAAAGGUAUAAACUAUUUAAGUUCACCUAAAAGAUUUUUUUAUUCUGAUUAAAACUGUUUAGGAGUUCUAAUUACAUUUGACCAAGUUUGAGGGAAACAAUUUGAAAACUUGCUGAGUUAUUAAUAAGUAAAACAUUUUUGCUACAUAUUUGCAACUCGCAAGUGGCUGAAGGGUUUAUACUUUUCCUGCCGAGAAUUAUUGUUUACAUCAGUCCUUAUAUGGGACUAAUUUUCAAAACAAAUUACUUUUUUUGUAAUCUCAUUGGUCAAGAGGUCUUAUGUAUAAUUGGUGUGGGCGUGGAAAAAAUCCGCGAAAUCUCUGUGAUGUGUAAAUUUUUUUGAUAACUUCUGACUUUUAAAAGGCCAAUGCUCCGGCUUGAUUUUUCUGAAAAUUGCACAGCUGAAAGCUAAAAAUGUCAGCGUCAAAAACGUGUUCUAAUGUUGGAUAUUUAGUGAAUCUAAUACGAGCAAUUCAUUCCAAAAAACAUCUGAAAUACAGGUAUAUUGAGUCCUCAAAGAAAUCACUAUAUCAGAAUGGCGAUAUAAAUAGAAAAAAUCCCGAUUCGGUUUUUUACAAUAACUAUUUAGCUAUAUAAGAAUAUACAAUUACUUUAUGGUUUCCGUGUUUGGAUGGCCUGAUCCAAACACGCGGGAAUGUUGCGAGAGUUAAGAAAAGCGAGCGAAACACGAGCCGAAGGCGAGUGAUUUUGCCCGCUUUUCUUAACUCGAGCAACAUUCCCAAGUGUUUGGAUCAGUCCAUCCAAACACGGAAACCAUAAAGUAAUUGUUUUAUAAAAUAACAACAACACGAUAGUCUUCCGUGUUUGGAUGGCCUGAUCCAAACACGGCUUUUGACCAAUCAGAACACGCGUUAUACACAUGUUAUUUUAUAAUGACAUUUUCAAAAGUAUAUCUUAAGACCGGUAGGUUAUGAAAGGUAUAAUUAUCGUUGGGACUGCUUACCAAAAUUUGUGUGGGAAGUGAUCAGCAUGACCAAUCAAUGUAAAGAUUGAAGAGCUGACCGACCAUUAUUAGCCAAUGGCAAUGUCCAAGCAACUACACACUUGAGUGGACAGUUGUUAGACCCAAGUGAAAUUAUUAUAAUCCAGACUGGUAACCAAUGUACGUCACAAUGUCCAACCAAUGUAAGCUACUGUAACUUCUGUUUACUAUAAACAUGAAAAACUGUGUCUUUGUUCAUUCAGCUUCUCUAAAGAUUGACAAAGAUGCUGCUAGAAGAUUUGUUAAAGGUGCUCUUGCCAAUCCAGGAGGUUUGUUUGAAAAUAGUCUUAGGGCCUGUUCCUAUGAGCUCGGAUUAAUUAGUUCUCUGUCCAUAUGACUGUUUCUACCCCCACCUAAUAAGUAAUAUCCCUCCUUGGGUGGACGAACUUAUGUAAACGGUGGCGUCUUCGAAAUAGUUUUGUUGUAAUUAAACAAUCUGCACCUUGUAUUGCGACUUUGGUAGUGUCUAUUAUUAAUGUCAUGUACUCACGAUGUUUUUCUCCAAUUUAACCAUACCUUUAUCUAUAUCCUUUAUUUAACUAUACCCCAAUUUAACUAUACCUAUAUUAGAGGUCAAAAUUGGCACAAAAUGCCCAUCCCAGUCAGGUGGAAUUAUUAAAGCCAUCACAUGGAAAAUUUUAUCCCACUUGACUGAGAUCCCACCUAGCGCAAAGUGAGACCUCGCCCAGCCUGGCUGGCUCGUUUCUCAUAUGAACAUAAAUUGAUUUUAUAUGCGUUAACAAAAGGGCAUGCAGAUCUCACUUAGGUGAGCUUCCCGGUUAGCUGGGUUUAUAUGAACAGGCCCUUGGCAUUCAUUUGCUUAUAGCUCACUGUUAGAGAGUAUUUUGUUACAGAAUAUCCAUUAUAUAAUUAAUAACUACAGUGAAACACGCAAUUUGAUUGGUCAAUAGCCGGGCAGGAUCAGGCUAUCCUGCACGAGGAAUUAAAAUGCCUUCGCGGGAUUUUCGCGGGAUUCUCAAAAUGUCAUUGCUUCACUGUAGUUAUUUUAUAAAACAAUUACCAAAUGGUUUUUCAAGCAGGAUAGCGUGAUCCAUGUACAAGUUUGGGAUGUUGCUCGACAUUCGGAAAGCGUAAAAAUACACUCGCCUGCGGCUCGAGUAUUUUUACGCUUUCCGAAAGUCUCGCGACAUCCCUGGUGCAUGGAUCACGCAAUUCUGCACGGAAAACUAUUCGGUAUUGCUUUACAGUAAUUGUUAACCGUAUGCUAUUUUACAUUAUCCAUACCUAGCUUCAGAAAGUGCAAAAAGCAAGUCAAGAAAAGAAAAACGCAAGAAAGAGGUGUCGUCUGAGAAGAGAAAAAAGAAAAAGGUUGACUAGAAGUGGAAUAUCAACAAAAGCAUAGUAGAUCUGUAGAUGACACGGGAAAAAUCGAACUUUCCAUAAGUGGGUUUUUAAAUAUAAGUACUGAACUCUUACCAUUAUUGGUAAUAAUAGAUUUCCCAUGUGGUAAAUUAGUAAAAACCAUGAUGUUUAAAAUUUUUUCCUGUGCACAGGAAUUAAACAUCAUGGUUUUUACCAAUUUACCAUCAGCUAUACAGGGUGUAUACAGAUUUGAAAUUGCUCUCAAUUUCGCAAAACACCUAUUUGUAUCCGUUUUUUAUAUAUAUAGCUUCUUUGGGUUCUUAUAAUGUAGAAUAAUGAAAAAAAUUUCUGAAACUCGAAUUUUGUGAACCAGGGGGGGGGGGUAUCUUUUCCAACAAACUAAAAAUGGCUCGCGCACAAAAUUUAAAAGUUGUAAUCAUAUUUUGAGUUAAUAGAUGGAAACUUUGUCGCGUUUUUAAUUACUGUACAAAAUUUCAGACAAUUUGGUUGAGUUUAAGCCCCUUUAACUAUUCAUUUUAUUCUAAAAAAUCAGCC